GCUUGUUCUUGGUGGAACAAUUAAAACAACUAUAUUCGUCUGUCAAAUGAAAAUGUCAUAACAAAAGCACGUUGUUAUUUGAUUACAGUAGAGAUUUUCAGAUUUCAAAAUAGUAACUUCGAUGUAAUUCAAUAUGGGGAAAAAUAAAUAUAAUGCAAAAGCGCGGCAGGUGGUGAAGACUAAUAUCGACGAUUCACAGACUAGCGAGAUUAAAUUAGAAUUUGGAGUCAGUGAAUAUGGCGCUUCUGAUAAAAGCAACCUACUGGCUCUGCCAUCUAAAAAGAGACAGACUAAAAUUGUAUCUGAGAAAAAGGAAAAAACAAGAUUUUUGUCUAAAGCUCAAAGGAAGAGGUUGGAGAAAAUUGUAGAUAAGAAGAAAAAGAAAGAAAAUAGAGCAGCACUUCUUGAGUCUUUGUCUCAAGUACAAGCAAGUCCAGAUGAAGUGAAACACUUGACAGGUAUUUCUGCAGUGCAAACAAUGGGUUUACGUAAACUGAACGAGUUUAAUUUAGAACUGCCAAAGCAAGACAUUAUUGAACCAUCUGAGAGUAAGAAGUUUAGUAGUAUUGCAGGCGCUAAAAAACGUUUGCGGCUGCUUAAAUUAGAAAAAGCAGAAAAAAUUAAAAAGAGUAAGCAUGAUCCAAAUGUUGUUGGAUUAGAAGAAUCGUCUGAAGAUGAGUCUUCAGAAGAUGAAGAAGAAGGAAUAGCUGAAAACGGACAUACAGAUAGUGACCAAGAUGGGAAAGAUAAUAAGGAGGAAGUUGCAUUAGAUAAUGCUGUCGUUAUUGAGGAUGAUAAGUCACAAGAUGAGAAUGUAUCAAAAGAUAAGGAAAUCAAGAUAGAGGUUAAAAACGAAUCAGAAGAAAAUAAAAAAGAGAAGAAGAAAGAAAAAGAGGUGAAAAAUAAAAAGCCACUACUAAGCCAUCCUACGGUACAUGUUGAAGUGAAAAGAGAUCCAAAAGUGCAGGUUGCCAGAUUAAAACUUCCCAUAUUAGGGGAGGAGCAGAGAAUUAUGGAGUUGAUUAAUGAAAAUGAAUUUCUUAUUGUCGCUGGUGAAACAGGUAGUGGAAAAACAACACAAGUACCCCAAUUUUUAUAUGAAGCGGGCUACGCUCAGAGUAAGAUGAUAGCGGUGACGGAACCGAGACGAGUGGCGACGGUCGCGAUGGCCGCCAGAGUGGGUCACGAAUUAGGGCUGACUAGCAAAGAAGUGUCGUAUCUGAUGAGGUUUGAGGGAAAUGUCAGUAAGGAGACAAAGAUAAAGUUUAUGACGGAUGGCGUACUCCUAAAAGAGAUUCAAACCGAUUUUCUUCUAAGCAAGUAUUCUAUAAUCAUAAUAGACGAAGCGCACGAGCGUAGUGUAUACACAGACAUACUUCUAGGCUUACUGUCUAGAAUAGUGCCGCUUAGACGUAAAAGAGGUAGUCCUUUGAGACUAAUUAUAAUGUCUGCUACGUUAAGAGUGGAAGACUUUACCGAAAACACUAGACUUUUCAAGGAACCACCACCUGUUAUUCAGAUUGACUCGAGACAGUUUCCAGUGACGGUACAUUUUAAUAAACACACAUACAGUGACUAUUUAAAAGAAGCAUUUAAGAAGACGGUUAAGAUACAUACAAGGUUGCCUGAAGGUGGAAUACUUAUAUUUGUUACGGGGCAGCAGGAGGUGAAUUACCUUGUACGUAAACUAAGGGCGUCGUUCCCUUACCGCAGAGACGUCGACUACACAAAGUUGAUAACUAAGAAGAAUGCGACCGAUGUGGACGCGGCUUUAGAUUCGGAACCUGAUGAUAUUGAGUCUGAUGAUGAUGAGGUUGAAAGAGAAAUGAAGCGGGCACGUAAAGCACGGAGGAAAGCCAAGCAGAAGUCCAAAACGCUGCCCAAAAUAAAUCUGGACGAUUAUGACAUGCCCGAGGAUGACGGUCAGGCGGAUUUGGUUGGAAAUGAUGAUGACAGCGAAGGGCACUUGAGUGAUUCUGACGCAGAAGAAGACACACUAGCGCCAGAGAUAAAGUCGUGUCGCCAGCCUCUGUGGGUGCUGCCUCUGUACUCUAUGCUCGGUUCGGCGAAGCAGGCCAGAGUGUUCGACCCGCCGCCGCCUGGAGCUCGGCUCUGCAUCGUCAGCACUGAUGUCGCAGAGACGUCUCUCACUAUACCUGCUAUCAAAUAUGUUGUUGAUACUGGGAAGAAGAAGAUGCGCGUGUACGACCACAUAACCGGCGCAAGCGCAUGGCGGGUAGUGUGGACGUCGCAGGCGAGCGCGGGGCAGCGCGCGGGGAGGGCGGGGCGCGUGGGCGCGGGCCACGCCUACCGCCUCUACAGCAGCGCCGUGUUCCAGCACGACUGUCCGCCCCACCACCCCCCCGACUUGUGUCGCAGGCCGGUCGACGACCUGGUGUUGAUGAUGAAGUGCAUGGCUAUUGAUAAGGUGGUAAACUUCCCGUUCCCAACAGCGCCGGAUAGAAUGCAGCUGCGUUUGGCAGAAAAGCGAUUGGAGAUACUCGGGAUGCUUGAAAAACACGAACCGAAAAAUGCGUAUGCGAAAAAGAUUGACGAAGAGGUUUUAAAAGUAACUCCACUGGGAAAAGCGGUGUCCGCAUUUCCACUGCUGCCUCGUUAUGGCAAGAUGUUGGCGCUGAGUCAUCAACAAAACCUACUGCCUUACACCAUAGCAUUAGUGGCCGCUCUAACUGUUCCAGAGGUAAUGUCAGGCAAGGCGGACUGUUGGCCCGCCACAGGUCACACGUUGCUGCUGGGCGACCCCGGGGUACUGCUUCGCGCUGUUGGCGCAGCAGAGUUUGCACAUCUCAAAGGAGAAGAGAAUCUCUUCUGUGCUAAAUAUGGCUUGAGAGAGAAGGCCAUAAAAGAAAUCCGUAAAAUACGCAAGCAGCUAACAUCAGAGAUAAAUCUAAGUAUAGCGGGGGUGCAAGCUAAAAUCGACCCUGAGAUGAAGCCGCCCGAUGAUAACCAGGCGAGGUUGCUUCGGCAGUUGGUGCUCAGCGGACUUGGAGACCAAGUUGGCAAAAAGAUUGGAAUGGAUGAAGUUAAGGAAGGCGAAGACAAACGGAAAUACAAAUACGCGUAUCACUGCGGAGAGCUGGAAGAGCCGGUGCAUCUCCACUCGGCGUCUAUAUUACGCAAGGUGAUACCUGAGUGGGUGGUAUUCCAGCAAAUGUACGAGACCGGAGCCGAGGAACGACGGAAGAUGGUAAUGAGCAACGUGACCGCCAUAGAACCCGAAUGGCUGCCUAUUUAUGUACCGCAGAUGUGUAACUUAGGUGACCCACUGACAGACCCCGAACCGAGAUUUGACGAGAAAUCUGGGCGUGUGAAGUGUCAUUUCAAAGGCACCUUCGGAAAGGCCGGCUGGGAACUGCCGCUAGUUGAAAUCGAUUUUCCAGACAAAAUUGAGAGAUACAGGUGGUUCGCGAGAUUUCUGCUAGAGGGCGUUGUGUUCCCUAAACUACGUAAAUAUACUAGUUCUCUGAUGUCCCCUCCGUCUACAAUGGUCAAGUCAUGGGCCAAGUUGCAACCAAGGACCGAGGUGUUACUCAAGGCUUUGAUUGCGAAAAGAGUCGGCACUAGAGACGCUUUGAAGAAAGUUUGGGAAGUGGAGAAGAAUUAUUUACUGCAGGAAUAUCUAAAAUGGCUGCCCGAGUCUGCGCACAAUGAAGUGACGUUAUAUUGGCCGCCUUUGUGAUCUUCUAUUAUGUACAUUUUGUAAAUAAAAUAUAUGUAUUUAAGAAUUCAA